UCAAAAGAGUAGUAGAAGAAAGGAAAAGUAGACAACAACCCGAGUAUCUCCAUCCAUCUCCGACCUCUCCGGGUCUCUCUCAAGUUUCCAGUUCCACAUGACCGCCCACGUCCAGCUGCAUCCAACUGACUGACUCAGCUGCGGCCCGACGAUCGAGUCUUGCCUCCGUGCUAUAUAUUCUGUCGAAUCUUUUCCUUCUCUGAAAAAAUUCUCGCCGGAAUAUUCCAUAAUACUCUCGCAUUUUCUUUUAAACACGCAAUGGUCGCAUCUGCUCGACGUUGAUUAUACAGGAAAUGAGCGUUGAGACAGAAUGAAGAGGGUGGUGAAGAAAAAGCUAGGCAAGUAUGAGCUGGGAAGAACCAUUGGAGAAGGAACUUUUGCAAAGGUUAAGUUUGCACAGAACACCGAGACGGGCGAGAGCGUGGCUGUCAAAGUCUUGGCCAAGAGUACUAUUCUCAAGCACAAAAUGGUUGAUCAGAUAAAAAGAGAGAUUUCAAUAAUGAAGAUAGUAAGACAUCCAUACAUAGUCAGGCUUCAUGAGGUGUUAGCAAGCAAGACGAAGAUAUUCAUUGUACUUGAGUUUGUUACUGGAGGAGAACUCUUUGAUAAAAUUGUUCACCAGGGAAGGCUUUCAGAGGAUGAUUCCAGGCGGUACUUUCAGCAACUUAUAGAUGCAGUUGCACACUGUCACAGUAAGGGUGUAUACCACAGAGAUUUAAAGCCUGAAAAUUUGCUCCUUGAUUCCCAAGGAAACUUGAAGGUAUCUGAUUUUGGACUCAGUGCACUACCUCAACAAGGAGUUGAUCUUCUACAUACAACUUGCGGAACUCCAAAUUAUGUGGCACCUGAGGUGUUAAGCCACCGUGGUUAUGAUGGUGCUGCCGCUGAUCUGUGGUCAUGUGGAGUUAUUCUUUAUGUGUUGACAGCAGGAUACCUCCCUUUUGAUGAGAGAGACCUUCCAACCUUGUAUCAAAAGAUCAACGCUGCAGAAUUUUCAUGUCCAUUUUGGUUUUCUCCUGGUGUUGCAGCAUUGUUACUUAAAAUACUUGAUCCCAACCCUGAAACUCGAAUUAAGAUUGAUGGAAUAAGAAGAGACCGAUGGUUCCGGAAAAACUACGUGGCUGUCAGACACAAAGAAGAUGAAGCGGUGAAUUUGGAUGAUGUUGAUGCUGUUUUUGAUGACAUCGAGGAUCACUAUGUAAAAGAACAAUCUGAAAAUAAGGACAGUGGCCCUCUCCUCAUGAACGCAUUUGAGAUGAUUACUCUAUCUCAAGGAUUAAACCUAUCAGUCUUAUUUGACAGGCAGCAGGACUGUGUCAAGCGGCAAACCCGUUUUGUUUCACGCCAACCUGCUAAAGUGAUAAUUGCAACAAUUGAAGCAGCUGGAGAAUCAUUCGGUCUAAAGGUUCAUACACGAAACUACAAGACAAGACUUGAAGGUGUAUCUGCAAACAAGGCUGGUCAAUUUGCUGUUGUUCUGGAGGUUUUUGAAGUUGCACCGUCUCUUUUCAUGGUGGAUGUCCGAAAGGCUGCUGGGGAUACGCUUGAGUAUCAUAAGUUUUACAAGAACUUCUGUGCUAAGCUUGAUCAUAUUAUUUGGAAAACAAAGGAGGGUGUUUCAGACACUGCUCUGCUUGGAACUAUGACUCGCCGAUCCGGUUGUGCAGGUGUGAAGCAAAUCAGUUAGCAGCCCAUCCCCAUUAACAAGUACAACAAAGAUAUCAGCAAGUGGCGCUUGGGCUUUGAUGUAGCGUCAAAUCCAGUGCAGGUGAAUAAAUUUGAUAUAGCGUGAAAUAUGUAGCCUCCUGUGUGGGUACUAGAUUUGUUUUAGUAUUGCCCUGCGGUACAUCGACGUACUGGCUCUUUGCAUGGUCCCUUCCAAGCUGCUUCCUUCAACCAUAAUUGUGAAAAGAGAAGCUGUAUCCUCCACAAAAUGACGUACCCAGUUCAAGAUGUGUACAUCGUGAUGUAUGAAAUGCAAGGAAACUAUCUUUUUAUAUGAACAAUAGGUCCAUUAUGUAAAUAUCUUUGGAUUACAGGAAAUAAGUAGUGUUCAAUUUUUACUAUUUUCGUUAGGGUUUAUCAUGUGGAUUUUUGUUUUUGUAGACUGUCAAGAACAUAACCCUCUUCGUUGGCUUCGUGGAUCAUCCACCUCUUGGCAGAGUUUUGACUCUUGGAAGCAAUCUAUGCGGAAUUUUGUACC